GCCAGUGAUGCCCCUUGUGAUAUUGCAGUCAAUUGAGCCGACACUCGUAAACCGCAGUCUGCCAUUCGCGCGCGUUAGUUGCCUCAAUUGGGAUGCGCGAAUACACCACACUUUACGGUAACAAGUAGGGAAACUAGGUCUGAUGCAUUCUCAGCACAGAUAUAUAGUUGUAUUUGUCACAUACACAUGCAUGGUUAGCAGAUGUUCAUGCGAGUGUAGCGAAUUGCUUGUAGAUAGAGACGAUAGCUACAAAUCGUUCCAAGCAAACAGUUUGAAGCACACUUAUUCAAUCUUCCACGAUACCAAAUCGUUUAUUUCAUUUUCUUGUUUUAUCAAAAAUCACUGAUAUCACGGGUAGAGUGAGACUGCCGAGGCUGCAGUAGCCAACCGGGGGUGCUGUUUUAGCAAAUGUUAAAUUGUGAAAGCGAAACGCGUUUACGGUCAAGACAUGCAAUCACAGUACACACACAGCAAGAUCUGAGUGAGCUUGAUAUGUUUUUCAUUGUAUUUCAUUAGAUUAUAUAUUUUGGAAAAAAGAAAAAAAAACGCACACUGCUCUUACUAGUAUCACUGCUCUUUAAUAAGCUUUACGUUUCGGCCUCAAGGCCUUCGUCAGCGCUUUUGUGAGUUUUUUUUAAUUAGCACCCUUAUGUAGACAUAGCUCCACCCACAUCUGUUCAAUGCAUCGAAUGAGGUUGGAGUCGAGGGAAAAUAAGUACGUGUAAAAUAACAAUGUGCAUUUCAUAAAUAUUCUAAUGAAGUGUGUACAUAAAACGCAUUAAACACGUCUGUAAAACCACAAUAAGGACAUCGACCCAUCAAGCAAGUUUUCAUAAAGCAUUGGGUACAAUGUUUUAUGAAGCUGCCAGCCACAAAAGAAAAAGUGCCAGGCUCUUUAACGCCCUCUUCCGAAUGGUAGCUAUAAAUGCAGAGGUCGCGCACAGUGUAAAUAUUUCUGCCACCCACAAACAGGAAAACGGUUGCAAAUAAAUUACAUUAUUACGUGCUCCACCACCCAUGUCAUCUACAUGAUUAAAUGUCCACGUGGGCUGUGUUAUGUAGGUAAAACCUCUCGUUCUCUCAAACAGAAUUAGUGAACAUAAAAUUUCAAUCAGGAGAAACGACAGGGAUUAUCCAGUCGUAGUAUAUUUUAAUUACCAAAAACAUGACAUUUCUACCUUUUAGAUUUUGUGGCAUAAUUUUGUGGCAUAGAGAAAGAGAAAGUUAAUAAGAUAUCAGACAGGGGAGGUUAUAUAAAUAAUGCCUGAGCAAAAUAUACUGUUUUUGUUUUUUUCACCCUCCAGACAUUAUUUCCUAAAGGUCUUAAUGAUGAAAUGCAUAUGUAUGUUAUGUUGUAAAUGUGAACAUUAAUUAAUGCCUCCACUUCAGAUUACAAUGACGUUUUUCUUGCUUUGUACGCAAUGAGGUUUUACGGACGUGUUUAAUACGUUUUAUAUACACACUUUAUUCAAAUAUUUAUGAAAUGCACAUUUUCUUAUUUUCUCUCGACUCCAACCCCAUUCGAUGCAUUGAACGGAUGUGGGUGGAUCUAUGUCUACAUAAGGGUGCAGUGGCGGUCAGUGCCGUUUAUGAUGAGGGAGGAAGAUUUUUUUUCAUGAGCAUUGCGUUUCUUUUACAGCAUGUUGGAUGACUGUUAUUCAUAUUCCAUUCACCCAGUUCAAUGUAACAUCAAUAGGUUUAGACUACUACAUGAUACUCAAAUUUUCCCUAUACCCAUCAUGAUUUUGCUACAAACUAGCCUAUGAAUGAAAGUUUACAACAUAGGUGCACACAGCUAGAGAGAAAAAUUUGGGAUGACAGACAGUGACACGUGGACAGACAGUGACACAUUCAAUACCGUCUUGCACACUCUUGCCUGCAUCAACCUUAUCUAGGGUGUAAUCAUUAAUCCAACAGUUGCAAUCAAGAGUUUCUAUUGGACAAAUUCAGUUAUUUUAUCCCCUUUUUGUUUGCUUCCGUUUAAGAAACAUUUUUAAUCGGUGGGAAUGAAUACACCCCUGAUCGCGUAUAAACACAGUUCACUUUCAUAGCAGCCACGUUGUAUUCAUUCUAGCCUCUAUGCACUCUCCUCCUCUCACCUUUUCCCUUAAUUUGUGGACUUCAAUGAACAACACAUCAGCUGCAUGUGACCAAGUGAAAAAACCUUUCCAAACCAUGUCAUAACCGCUACACACAGCCUACAUCAUUGUCCCCAUAUUAGCUAAAGUAAUGUCCUAGUCAACAUAGCUAAUAGAACUAAUGCGUUAGUAAACCCACUACAAUCAUGCAGUAACGUUACAGUGUAUAGUCAGUAAGUAGUUACACCGGCGGUCCCCAGUGGCAAUAAAUUAAUAAAACCAAAAGCUUACCUUGAUUUGGAAGAGUUCCAGUGUUGUGUUGGAUAGUCAUAGCCAGCUAGCUAACAUAGCAUGACGCUGUUUGAGCCGGGUGUUUGAGUAACUAAACUACCCAGCUAAGUAAGUGAAACUGAAAGUGAAAAAAAAUGACUCUCUCGCUCUUGCUUCUCCUUCAUUUUUGAAUAAAUACAUUUGUUCAAACUAUUAAACUAUUGUCUUUCUCUCUCUUUGAGUCAACUACUCACCACAUUUUAUGCACUGCAGUGCUAGCUAGUGGUAACUUAUGCUUUCAGUACUAGAUUCAUUCUCUGAUCCUUUGAUUGGGUGGACAACAUGUCAGUUCAUGCUGCAAGAGCUCUGAUAGGUUGGAGGACGUCCUCCGAAAAUUGUCAUAAUUACUGUGUAAGUCUAUAGAGGGGGGUGAGAACCAAGAGCCUCCUGGGUUUUGUAUUGAAGUCAAUGUACCAAGAGGAGGAUGGAGGCUAGCUGUCCUCCGGCUACACCAUGGUGCUACCCUACAGAGUGCUGUUGAGGCUACUUUAGACCUUUAUUGCAAAACAGUGUGUUUUAAUCAAUUAUUUGGUGAUGUGAAUAUAUUUAGUAUAGUUUUAAAAAGGAUAACUUCUUCAAUGUUUUACAAUUUAAAUUUUUAUGAAAUUCACUGAGGAGGAUGGUCCUCCUCUUCCGCCUCUGAGGAGCCUUCACUGUAAGGGUGCUAAUUUUUAAAAAAGAGGCCGAUUGUCACGCCCUGACCUUAGAGAUUCUUAUUAUUCUCUAUGUUUGGUUAGGUCAGGGUGUGACUCGGGUGGGAAAGUCUAUGUUUUCUAUUUCUUUGUUUUUGGCCGAGUGUGGUUCCCAAUCAGAGUCAGCUGUCUAUCGUUGUCUCUGAUUGGGGAUCAUAUAUAAGUUUUCAUUUUCCUUUUGGGUUUUGUUGGGAUCUUGUUUUCUGUUUAGUGUCUGUGCCUGACAGAACUGUUCACUUUCGUUUUUUGUCUUUGUUAUUUUGUUUUGGUGUCAUCAAUAAAAAGACGAUGUACGCCUACCACGCUGCGCCUUGGUCUCCUUCUACAAACGAGAGCCGUUACACCGAUACGAUACUUGAGUCCGAUACGUAAAGCUUAUUAAAAGCAGUGAUACUAGCAAGAGCAGUGUGUUGGUUUCUUCUUUUUUCUCAUCUUAUUCAACUGUUACCAUGCACCUGCAAAAAAAGAUAGCUCAGAUGUGCAAGUGACUUUUGAAUUAGAUUAUAUAUACACUACCGUUCAAAAGUUUAGGGUCACUUAGAAAUGUCCUUGUUUUUGAAAGAAAAGCACAUUUUUUGUCCAUUAAAAUAACAGCAAAUUGAUCAGAAAUACAGUGUAGACAUUGUUAUUGUUGUAAAUUACUAUUGUAGCUGGAAACGGCAGAUUUUCUAUGGAAUAUCUACACAGGCGUACAGAGGCCCAUUAUCAGCAACCAUCACUCCUGUGUUCCAAUGGCACGUUGUGUUAGCUAAUCCAAGUUUAUCAUUUUAAAAGGCUAAUUGAUCAUUAGAAAACCCUUUUGCAAUUAUGUUAGCACAGCUGAAAAAUGUGUUGAUUAAAGAAGCAAUAAAACUGGCCUUCUUUAGACUAGUUGAGAGCUGGAGCAUCAGCAUUUGUGGGUUCGAUUACAGGAUCAAAAUGGCCAAAAACAAAGAACUUUCUUCUGAUACUCGUCAGUCUGUUCUUGUUCUGAGAAAUGAAGGCUAUUCCAUGCGAGAAAUUGCCUGGAAACUGAAGAUCCAGUACAACGCUGUGUACUCCCUUCACAGAACAGCGCAAACUGGCUCUAACCAGAAUAGAAAGAAGAGUGGGAGGCCCCGGGGCACAACUAGCAAGUGGACAAUUACAUUAGAGUGUCUAGUUUGAGAAACAGACACCUCACAAGUCCUCAACUGGCAGCUUCAUUAAAUAGUACCCGCAAAACACCAGUCUCAAUGUCAACAGUGAAGAGGCGACUCCGGGAUGCUGGCCUUCUAGGCAGAGUUGCAAAGAAAAUGCCAUAUCUCAGACUGGCUAAUAAAAAUAAAAGAUUUAGAUGGGAAAAAUAACAGACACUGGACAGAGGAAGACUGGAAAAAAAGUGUUAUGGACAGACAAAUCUGAGGUGUUCGGAUCACAAAGAAGAACAUUUGUGAGAUGCAGAAAAAAUGAAAAGAUGCUGGAGGAGUGCUUGACGCCAUCUGUCAAGCAUGGUGGAUGUAACGUGAUAGUCUGGGGGUGCUUUGGGGGCGGUAAAGUGGUAGAUUUGUCUACAGGGUAAAAUGGAUCUUGAAGAAGGAAGGCUAUCACUCCAUUUUGCAACGCCAUGCCAUACCCUGUGGACGAAGCUUAAUUGGAGCCAAUUUCCUCCUACAACAAUACAAUGACCCAAAGCACAGCUGGAAUACCGCAGGGCAGCUGCCUUGGGCCACUUCUUUAUUUAAUAUAUACCAACGACCUUCCCUAUGCCUUAGUUGAAACUCAAGCUACUAUAUUUGCAGAUGAUACUACAAUUUAUGCAGCAAGACAAUCGGUUUAACAGGUACAGCAGGCCUUACAAGGAGAUUUGUAGAAUAUCAGGGAGGGGGUUUUCUAAAACAAACUUGUUUUAAACACCAAGAAAACCAAAGUUAUUUUGGUAUGUUCAACUAGGAAAAGGCCAAAACAGCAUGGGAUACAAUUAAGUAUGGGAGGAGUACAAAUUGAAGAAGUGGCAGAAACCAAACUUUUGGGAGUGCAGCUAGACAACUGCUUAUCAUGGCCGUCUCAAAUAACUAAUCUAUGUAUAAUUUUUUUUUUAUUAAAACAGCAUGCAUAAUCAGAAGGAUAGCUAAAUAUUUACCAGGAAAAAUUCUUCAGCAAAUAACACAAGCAUUAAUUGAGAGUCAGGUGAACUACUGUUCUGUGGUCUGGGGAAAUGCAUCAUCAAGUGAAGUUAGGAGGCUGCAGAAUGCACAGAACAAAGCAGCAAGGAUUGUUUUAAGGUGGAGAUAUGGUUCUUCUGUUGCAGUCAUGCGCAGUGUUCUUGGUUGGUCAUCAAUCAACAAGAUAAUUGAAAAAAACAUGCUUAUUUUAUUUCAUAAUAUACAUUAUUUAAAAUGGCCAAGUUCUAUUCACAAUGGUAUUCAGUUGGUAAGAGACAGACAUUCCGUAAAUACUAGGAAUAGAUUGUCCACCAUCUAUGCAUUAUCCAGACAGAAAAGAGAAAUAGGCAAAAUAACAUUUCGAUUUAGAGCAAUAAAGAAAUUGAAUAAAUUAACUGAGCAAACUAGAAACCGUUCAAUAUAUAAAUUUAAACAUUAUUUUAAAACGAUUUAAAUAUAAUACAUAGAAAUGUUGUGGGACUAUAGUAGAUGAAGAAUCAAUAUUUUUUAGAUUGAGUAUUUAUUGGGUCAUUAUGUUAGUAUAUUAUGUAUGUUUGUAAUAGUGUGUUAUAUGUGAAAAUGUGUUUGUAUUAUAAAUUGUAUUUGAAUGUUUAAGGACUCUUGGAAGAUUAGUCCAAAUGGGGACUAAAAGAGAUCCAAAUCAAAGCACAGCUCCAAACUAUACAAGAACUAUUUAGGGAAGAAGCAGUCAGCCGGUGUUCUGUCUAUAAUGGAGUGGCCAGCACAGUCACCAGAUCUCAACCCUAUUGAGCUGUUGUGGGAGCAGCUUAACUGUAUGAUACGUAAGAAGUGCCCAUCAAGCCAAUCGAAUUUGUGGGAGGUUGGGUGAAAGCUCUUCAGAUUACCUCAACAAAUGUACAACUAGAAUGCCAAAGGUCUGCAAGGCUGCAAUUGCUGCAAAUGGAGGAUUCUUUGACGAAAGCAAAGUUUGAAGGGCACAAUUAUUAUUUAAAUUAAAAAUCAUUAUUUCUAACCUUGUCAACUUCUUAACUAUAUUUCCUAUUCAUUUUGCAACUCAUUUCAUGUAUGUUUUCAUGGAAAAGAAGGACAUUUCUAAGUGACCCCAAACUUUUGAAUGGUAGUAUAUAUUUUUUAAGUGUUAAAUAAGUACAUUUACCAUGUCUCUCCCAGUAUUCUUUAUCUUUACUUUUUUUAAAGGAGUAAUAUUACAGUGAACUUUGAUGAACCUUAUGUAAAAAAAGAAAUCUGUCAAAAUGGCUGCCAAACAUAUUUUGAGAUGUGUGCCCUAGUAGAUCAAUAAUCCAUUGGCAUGAAUACUGCAAAGCAUAACAUGCCCAUAUUAUGCCAGCUCCAAUACACAUUAUAUAGUGUUUUUCCAAUCUUGUAGCUGGCUUAAUAUGGGCAUGUUAUGGUUUGCAAUGUUAAUAAUAAUGGAUUAUUGAUCUACGUGUAGCACACAAAGUGUUUACCAUCCAGCCACUGCGUUAAAAUUGAAUUACAAUACCUCAAAGUUCACUAUAAUAGGACAAAACAAGUAUUUAUCUACUAGUGGCACACAUCACAAAACAUCUUUAAGAUGGCAUAAUAUGGGCAUUUUAUGGUGUGCAAUAGUCAUCACGCUGGAUUAAUUAACUUCUACUGGCACACAUACAAAUAUACUCUACCAGCCAUUUUUAGUGAUGGUAUUAUUUUUACAUAGGGGUCAUCAAAGUUCACUGUAAUAGAACUACUUUGUAGCUAUCGUCUCGUAUCUGUGCAUGAGAGUGCAUCCAACUCAGUUCCCCUACCAGAAAAGUGUUGUGCAUUUGCGCACCAAAUUCAGGCGGAAACUGAAGUACGGUGGCUUGACUUCGUUUUGCGAAUGUCGGCUCAAUUGACCGCAGUCCUAGAGAUGCAGGAUACAAGACUCAAUUGUGCCAGCAGGAUUUAGGAUUAUCAUUAAUCCAUAAAUUCAGACUUUGACAUGCGAGAGCAAAAUUACCAAACCCAAGGGACAUAUACUACCCAAAUGUUCACAUUCAAAUACUUUUGCUGAUAUUUCUCUCCAACCUGUCAAAAGCCCAUGGCACCAUUCCGAACGCAAAUCUCAGGACAAGUGGACGCCAUCUAAAUUCGCGCGGAUGGAGAGCUGCUUGGAGAGUGUUGUCCGUGCGUAAUCGCAUUAUCUGACCUGCAAAAACGCAGGUUGACAGCCCAGUCGCAUUAUAUUCUUUACUGUACUUUUUUAUUGUUUUCUCUCAUUGAUUGAAAUGCCACUCUUCAUAAACCGAGACCAGAUAUUUGCGCACCAAGUGCACCUUCUGGAGCACAAACUGCGGAGCAAAGAAGAACGCAUUCUGGAGUUGGAGACUGAAAAUGCCAUUCUUCACCUGAGGCUCGCCGAUUGUCUGGGGAAACUUCGUCGGGAUCAUGCAGAAGAGGCAGAAGCAGAAGCCCAGAAGCGUUGGCAACACCAGAGAGUUGUGCAGCAAAGCACCCAGUCUGCCCUGGCCAAACUCCUGUCUGAAGUUCAGAUUUUGAAGCAGGACCUGAGAGAGGUGUUUGCGGUAUAUGUGAACUUCGCCACUGAGUUGGAGAACCAGAGCAGGCUGCUGCUGGAACAAGUCGGCCAAGCCAGCUUCGCCCUCCAGGGCCACCAUGGCAAUGAUGUGCACAGUUUGCAGGCUCAGAUGGAGGCUCUAGAGUGCUCUCUACAGGAGGAGAAGGAGCGGAGCAGGACUGAGAGGGAGAGGAGGAAGAUACUUCACAACACCUUGGUGGAGCUGCGGGGGAACAUCAGGGUCCACUGCAGAGUGCGUCCAGUCCUUCCCUUUGACGAUGGACAGGGAUCAACAUUAGCAAUAGGGCCUGCUACAACAGAAGAGGUGGUUCAGGCAAUUAAUGAUGAUACAGUUGUUGUGAAUUGUACUAGAAUGGGGAACCCGGGGCUGAACAAGAUGUUUGAGUUUGAGAGGGUGCAUGGUCCUGAGGACUCCCAGGAUGUCGUGUUUGAGGAAGUGAAGCCUCUCCUCACAUCUCUGCUGGACGGGUAUAACGUGUGCAUCAUGGCGUACGGACAGACAGGCAGUGGGAAGACACACACCAUGAUCGGCUCCCAGGCUGAGGACCCCUCAGGACCACAGGGGGAGGCCCGGCAAGGCGUUAUUCCCAAAGCAGCCACUGAACUCUUCAGGCUGAUAUCGGAGAAACCUGCUGAGAGUCACACGGUGGAGGUGUCUGUGGUGGAGGUGUACAACAAUGAGGUGUUGGAUCUGCUGGCUAAAGACGAGGACGGGGUUGCCAUGGGCGCCAAGAGAGACGUCAUCACUACCAGCACAGGGACCAGCGAGGUGCCCUUACUCUCCUACGUGUUGGUGAGAAGCUCAGCAGAUGUGAUGCAGCUGAUCAGUUCUGUUCUGAGGUUGAGGGCUCGCUGCCCUACACUGGUCCACAGAGACUCCUCGCGCUCUCAUCUCAUAGUCACCCUCACUGUCUCCUCCAAGAGCCCCAACGCACUGGCCCUGGCUCGUAGGUUGCAAAGUGUCAAGAAAGACAUGCAGCGCAAGGCCCAGAAGGAGUGGUGGAGCCCCCGCUGUCGCCGUGCCAACCCAAUGGCCCGCCAAUCGGGGGACGAGCGUUCCGCUAGUUCCUCCUCCUCGCCCUACCACUCCCCCAGCCACUCCCCUAUUCACUCCUCUUGCCCCUCCCCCAGAGCCAGCACCACCCAGGCUCCCUUCAGGACCAAACUACAGCUGGUGGACCUUGCAGGUAGCGAGUGUGUGGGUAUGUCAGGGGUGACUGGCGCUGCCCUGUGGGAGACGUCGUGUAUAAACCGCAGUCUGUCUGCUCUGUCUGACGUACUGGGAGCUCUGGCAGAGCAACGGCCACAUGUGCCCUACAGAAACAGCAAGCUCACACACCUACUGCAGGAUGCCAUCGGUGGGGAUGCGAAGCUGCUGGUGAUGCUUUGUGUCUCUCCCACCCAGAGGUAUAUGACUGAGUCUCUACAGUCUCUGGGCUUUGGCGCGCGGGCUCGUCAGGUCCAAAAAGAUACCCCUCGCAGGAAGAACAUUGCCCUCAAACUGAAGUAAUGAGAGGAGAGCAGAGCAGAGGAGUAUAGAAGAGAGAAGGGAGAGAGGUCCCAGGCUGUGAUGGCAUGGUCAAAGGUAGAACAGAGGUCCCCCUCAAUCAAGUGAAGGCUGAACAGAGUUACAUGUGGCCUCUGUGGCAUAAAUGUUGUAUAUAUGUAAAUAUUAUUUAGUAACUUAUGUUGUUGCUUUACUUAUACAUGUACAAUUGUAUGUUUAUCUAGCUAUUUGAACACCAAAUUGGGUUGGUUUAAAAAAAAAAAGUUUGACAAAUGUUGAAUAAUUUUCAUCUAUCGGUAUCAAACUCCAUCUCCCCUCUUUAUGUCCACCCAAAUAGUAUACAAUAUUUACUUGACCAACUAUUUUACAUUGUAGAAUUGAUUCUUAGAUGCAGUAUUUCCCUUUGUUUUCAAAUAGAUGGACAAAUAAUUUAGGCUAGUAAUUUUUUGAUUUGUGCUCAAUCUUAGACUGAUGGUAAAUCACAGGCGAGGGCUUACUUAUACUGAACAAAAUAUAAAAACGCAACAUGUAAAGUGUUAGUCUCAUGUUUUAUGAGCUGAAAUAAAAGAUCCCAGAAAUGUUCCAUAUGCACAAAAACCUUAUUUCUCUCAAAUUAUGUGCACACAUUUAUUUACCUCCCUGUUAGUCAGUAUUUCUCCUUUGCCAAGAUAAUCCAUCCACCUGACAGGUGUGGCAUAUCAAGAAGCUGAUUAAAAAGCAUGAUCAUUACACAGGUUCACCUUGUGCUGGGGACAAUAAACGGCCACUCUAAAAUGUGCAGUUUUGUCACACAACACAAUGCCACAGAUGUCUCAAGUUUUGAGGGAGUGUGUACUUGGCAUGCUGACUGCAGGAAUGUCCACCAGAUCUGUUGCCAGAGAAUUUAAUGUUAAUUUCUAUACCAACAUCGUUUUAGAGAAUUUAGCAGUAUGUCCAGCCGGCCUCACAACCGCAGACCUUGUGUAACCAUGCCAGUCUAGGACCUCCACAUCUGGCUUCUUCACCUGUGGGAUCUUCUGAAACCAGCCACCUGGACAGCUGAUGAAACUGAGGACUUUUUCUGUCUGUAAUAAACCCCUUUUGUGGGGAAAACUCAUUCUGAUUGGCUGGGCCUGGCUCCUAUGUCCUCCCAAGCCCACCCAUGGCUGUGCCCCUGCCCUGUCAUGUGAAAUCCAUAGAUUAGGGCCUAAUGAAUUUAUUUCAAUUGAUUGAUUUCCUUAUAUGAACUGUAACUCAGUAACAUUUUUGAAAAUGUUGCAUGUUGCAUUUACAUUUUUGUUCAGUAUAUAUUUGUUGUAUAAAUGUGUUAUAAUUGUGUGGGCUUGCUUUUAAUGCCUUUCUUAUGAACCAUGCACUUAUUUUAGUGUUUGGAAGCCUCAA